AUAAUAUUAGCUUUCUUAAACUUACCUCCUAGAGUCAUGAUCGCGGCCUCCAUGUUCCAGCAUUAUACGAACCUGUUCGACUCACAUCAGACCUGGGAACACCAGAUAUUCAUCAUGAAAUCAGUUUCGGAAACUUCGGACUGCAAAUGCCAGUCGCAGGCGCAUAUUGACGGCCCCCGCUAAAACUGUUACUUACAAAUGGCGUUCGCUGUCAAAUAUAUCAGUCAUCCUCUUUGCGCUUGCUUACAAUGUCGAGUUCCGCUUUGCCUUAUAGUCUAACAGGUCCCUCAAGUUAGGCUUCGGUCGUACCAUGUUGACAAAGAUAUCCGAGUCAGGCUCUUUCACCCAGCCCAACGAUGCUGCUACCAUAAAAUCCGACGCGUCUGCCUCACAAGUUGCCGAAGGUGACCCAUACCUCGUCGUCCUCGAGCCAGAGGAUAAUCCGCAGAACAUAUCCUUGUUCAGACGCUGGCUCGCCGUCCUGAUCAUCAGUUCCGCCUCUCUAUGCGUCACGUGUAAUUCUUCAAUUGCUGCGUUCACAGAACAGGGUGCAGCUCAAACAUUCCACGUCUCAAAGGAAGUGACCAUUCUCGGAAUUAGUCUAUACGUCACAGGUCUUGGAAUUGGUCCGCUCCUCGUUGGCCCCUUGUCCGAAGUGUAUGGCAGAAAUAUCGUAUAUCAAACAUCUUAUGCGUUUUUCUUCAUUCUAACAUUCCCCGUGGUGUUCGCUCCCAAUAUCGCCGUUUUCUUGGUCUUUCGCUUUAUCACUGGAUUCUGUGGAGCAGCCUUCUUAAGUGUAGCUGGAGGCAGUGUGAGCGAUAUGUUUCCAAAUUCGAGUAUUGCAAGUCCAAUGGCUGUGUAUACCAUAUCUCCAUUUAUCGGACCAGUGGCUGGUCCCUUGAUUGCUGGGUACAUCAAUACUCACCUAUACUGGGAAUGGACGUAUCGAGUGCAGUUGUGCUGGAUUUUCGUAGAGCUCCUGAUGUUAGCUACAUUGGUCCCUGAGACAUAUGUCCCAGUGAUCCUGAAGAUGAAGGCAAAAAGACUGCGGGAGUCGACUGAAGACUCGAAGUUUUACGCUCCUUUGGAUAGACGGGAAGGCACCCUUGCUUCUGCUAUCCUCGUCAGUUGCUGCACACCUUUUCAAUUACUUUUAUUUGACCGAAUGGCACUACUUCUAGACACCUGGACUGCCCUUCUUCUUGGAAUCCUAUACCUGGCAUUCCAAGCAUUCCCCAUUAUUUUCGGAGACAUUCAUGGAUUCAAUAUGCAAACCACUGGACUAACGUUCAUUGGGAUUGGACUCGGGAUGAUUUUGGCCAUUUCUAUACAACCGCUCUGGAACAGACUAUAUGCCCGUGAAACGGCUAAAUACAACGGUGAUCCACCUCCUGAGAUGAGGCUUAUCAUGGGUCAAGUAGGAGCGAUCCUCGUGCCAGUGGGUCUGUUCUGGCUCGCGUUCACUACAUAUCCACAAGUCCACUGGAUUGCCCCGAUUAUCGCGUCUGUACCUUUCGGCUCCGGGAUUUACUUUGUUUUCACAUCAACGUUCACGUACCUUGUCACCGCAUACCGCCCAAUCGCUGCUUCUGCCAUGGCAAGUAAUAGUGCAUUGCGGUCAGCAUUUGCCGCUGCAUUUCCCCUAUUCGCGGGAGCCAUGUAUGAUAAACUGGGGACUGUUGGCGCCACCGCUCUUUUGGCCGGCCUCGCAACGAUCAUGACUCCAUUACCUUUCGUAUUUUACCGAAUUGGCGCGCGAUUGCGGAACAAUUCGCGUUUCGCAGCACAUUGAUUCCCUUACACGUACGACCUAUAUUUCUGGACGAUGCAGCUUCAACGCGUCGCGCGUCUAAUCAACGUAAUCAACACAUCGGCGGCGGCGACUUGUAAGUAUUACCGUGCUGGAAGUGAAUCGAUAUUAUACAGCAUUAUAUAUAUAUAUAUAGCCCCAGUUUCAGCCGAUGAUUUUGCGAGCUCGAGAUAAGAACACAUGUAUUCGUCCGGUGAUAAUGCUAUGCAUGUCGAUGCCAGCUCCUUGAACUUGCGGCAUACCCUGGACAUUAUCGUCGUGAUAUACAGGGGGCUGGGGCCGCUGUUCAACGGCAAUUCCUAUUUAUGUCAACCUAACUAUUAUCCAGAGACUAGUACUGUUGUCACUUCACACUUUGUCUUGCGGGUCCUCGGAAAUGUCACUUGCGAUGAAAGGUUUUGGGGAUGACCCGUGCUACCAGGGUCGACGACGCCAAAU